AUGCCAUUAGUUUCCAAAGGCAGGCCAUCACGGCGCUCCGUUCCUCGACGGAGCUAUGCUAUGGAAGAGACCUCCGAGGAGGAGGAUCCCGGAAACGUUACCCCCACUCCAUCCCAUCCCGAUGAAGCCGAAGAAGACGGCGAAGAAUAUACACCGGUUCCCCAAAAGUCCGAUGCUGGAAGGAGGGCUUCGCGACGGCGUGUUACCUCAGAAAUGCCCACCCCUAGCACCACACAUACAUCCAAGAAGCCCAGAAGAUCGAAUACGCCAGAGGAGCUUGAGGCGUCGCAACUCAGCAAUGAGAACGAAGGUGAGCCGAUCGCAACGAUAGAAGAACCAGAGUCGCCUUCACAAAAUGCCGCUGCGUCAUUGAAAAGAAAAAGUAUGGUUCAUCCCCGUAAGAGCAGAGGCUCUGUUACGCCCCAUCCGGAAAAGUCCUUACUCCCAACUCCAGAGCCUUCAACGUCGCCGCCGUCUCGGCCGCGAUCCAAAAGAGGCAGUGUUCCCCCGCUCGCCGAUAUCACAGAAUCCGCAGUGAAUAAGCCGCCGUCAGAACCCACGGAGGAUCAAAGGUCCCAGAUUUCGGUCAUAAACCCCAAUACGACUAUUUUAGAGAAGCCCAUGGACAUCAUGAUGAAGUCUCGGACGCUCGUACCCUCAGUCCCCGAGGAGCCAUCUGGGCCAAAAACCCGGCUAAUGAUGAAAAACUUGAUUCUAAUGAACUUCAAAAGUUACGCAGGAAGACAGGUUGUCGGUCCCUUCCACGCCUCCUUCUCAUCUGUUGUCGGACCAAACGGGUCUGGAAAAUCGAACGUCAUCGAUGCGCUGCUAUUUGUGUUCGGGUUUCGAGCAAGCAAGAUGCGACAAGGAAAGAUAUCCGCUUUGAUUCACAACUCAGCUAACCACCCGGAUUUGCCCUUCUGUGAAGUUGAGGUCCAUUUUCAAGAGAUUGUUGACCUGCCAGAUGGAUCGCACAAAGUAGUCCCAGAUUCCCAACUGAUUAUAUCCCGAAAGGCGUUCAAGAGUAAUACUAGCAAAUACUACAUGGACGGCAAAGAAACGAGCUUCACUGCGGUGACGAAUUUGCUCCGCGACCGUGGCAUCGAUCUCGAUCACAAACGUUUCUUGAUUCUGCAAGGCGAGGUGGAAUCUAUCGCUCAGAUGAAGGCCAAGGCUACCAAUGAACAUGAGGAUGGACUGUUGGAAUACCUGGAAGAUAUUAUUGGAACUUCAAAAUACAAGACGCCCAUUGACGAAGCUGCUGCUGAGCUGGAGGGGCUCAACGACGUGUGUAUGGAGAAGAACAAUCGUGUUCAGCAUGUCGAAAAGGAAAAGACGGCACUGGAGGACAAGAAAAACAUCGCUCUUGCCUAUAUCCGCGAUGAGAAUGAGUUGGCUCAGAAACAGUCAGCACUUUACCAAAUAUACAUUGAUGAGUGUGCAAACAACCUUCAAGUCACAGAAGAAGCAAUCCUCCAAAUGCAGGAACUUCUGAACCUUGAACUUGAAAAGCAUGAAGGUAAUGAAUCGGGCAUCAAGCAACUGGAGAAAGCGUACAAGCGCGGCACACGCGAGUAUGAGAAUAUGGAAAAGGAAAUGCAGGCAUUAGCAAAAGAAAUGGCGAAAUAUGAUAAGGAGUCGGUGAAAUUCGAAGAGAAGAAGAAGUUCCUGUCCGGCAAGCAGAAAAAAUUGGAAAAGUCCAUGCAUUCUGCUCGUCUCGCCGCCUCGGAAUGCGAAAGUCUGGUAGAAAAGUAUACCAAUGAUAUCGAGAAAAAGGCUAAGGAGACAACCCAGCUGGAAAAGGAAAUGAAAAUGGAGGAAGACGAACUGUCAACAAUCCGUGAGGGCCUAAAGGGGAAAACCCAAGGUCUUUCGGACCAAAUUACAGCGAAGCAGAAAUCAUUGGAACCAUGGGAUGAAAAAAUCAACAAGAAAGUUUCCGCGGUUGCCGUAGCACAGAGUGAGCUUGACAUUAUCCGAGAGAGAAGCAACGCUGGAGCCGUACAACUAGAAGAAGCACAAUCAAAGGUGUCAUCAAUCGAGGAGACGUUGGGCAUCAAAGAAGCAGAGCUUGAAGGCCGCAAAGCUCAAAAAUCCACUCUCGAGGAAGAAGUUGCAAAGCUUAAGCAUGACCUAAAAAAAUACUCCCAAAGAGAGCCCGAGGUUCGCUCUCAUGUCUCCAGCGCUCGACAGAAGGCUGAUGAGGCAAGGGCUAGUCUGGCGAGCACUCAAAACCGUGGAAGUGUGCUAUCUGGUCUCAUGCGCCUCAAGGAGUCAGGCCGCGUUGAUGGAUUCCACGGACGGCUUGGUAACUUGGGGACGAUCGACGAGAAAUAUGAUGUCGCCAUAUCCACCGCAUGCCCUGCAUUGGAUAAUAUGGUCGUCGACACGGUGGAGGUUGGUCAACAAUGUAUUGAUUAUCUUCGGAAGAACAAUCUUGGUAGAGCCAACUUCAUUCUUUUGGACCGUUUACCCAGACGAGACAUGUCCACCGUUUUCACUCCUGAGAGCGUCCCGCGGCUCUUUGACUUGAUUAAACCAAAAGACCCCAAAUUUGCUCCCGCUUUCUACAGCGUGAUGCAGAAUACCUUGGUCGCACAAGACUUGGAACAGGCCAACCGCAUCGCUUACGGUGCUCGGCGAUGGAGAGUGGUGACACUUGACGGCCAGCUUAUCGAUACUUCAGGUACCAUGAGUGGCGGCGGCACGCGUGUUGCUCGAGGCGGAAUGUCGUCGAAACAAGUGGCCGAAACCAGCCGGGAACAAGUGGCGAAGCUUGAAGGUGACCUCGAAGAGAUGGAAAGGAAAUUCCAGGCUUUCCAAGAAAAGCAACGACACAUUGAGGCCUCGGUUAGAGAGAAGUCCGAAGAAAUCCCCCGUGUCGAGACCAAGAUCCAGAAGAUAAUGAUUGAAGUUGAGAGUACCAAUCGCAGCCUUGCUGAUGCUCAGCGACGAGUGAAAGAGCUGAGUGCUGCACACAAACCGUCCAAGACUGGCGCUAGUCAGGCCGCCGGUCUGGAGAAGCAGAUCGCUGCACUGGAAAAGGAGAUUGAAGACCUACGUUCCCAAAAAGGGGGUAUUGAGGAAGAAAUUCAAACUCUUCAGAGCAAGAUCAUGGAAGUCGGUGGUGUACGGCUGCGAAGCCACAAGGCGAAGGUCGAUGGACUAAAAGAGCAGAUUAGCCUUCUCGCCGAUGAGAUCUCAAACGCUGAAGUGGGGAAGUCCAAAAACGAAAAAUUGAUUGUUAAGCACCGGAACACCCAAGGAGAUGCUGAAAGGGAGCUUAAACAUGUUGCAGAGGACCUUGAAAAGCUAGAGGAGGACGUCAACAAUCAAGCCAGUGAUGCGUCCGGUUGGAAGCAGAAAGUGGAAGAAGCGCAAGAGGCCCUUGAGACAAAGAAAGAGGAGCUUCAGGCUACGAAGUCUCAGUUAGACGAGAAGGUCACCGAACUGAACGAAAGCAGAGCCACGGAGAUUGAGAUGCGGAAUAAGCUAGAGGAGAACCAAAAGGCCUUAUCCGAGAAUGAGAAACGUAGACACUACUGGCAUGAAAAAUUGUCCAAGCUUGCAUUGCAAAACGUCAGCGACUUAGGCGAAGAGCUGGAGGCUACGGAGCUGCAGACGUUCACCAAAGACGAACUGUCUGAGAUGAACAAGGAGUCUCUAAAAGCGGUCAUUGCGGCCCUCGAAGAGAAAAGCCAAAAUGCCUCUGUUGACCUCUCGGUCAUUGAUGAGUAUCGUCGCAGGACGGCCGAACACCAAGCUCGCUCGGCUGAUUUGACCACUGCCCUGGCUACUCGUGAUAGUGCGAAAUCGCGCCUGGACGGCCUCAGAUCCGCUCGACUGAACGGGUUCAUGGAGGGAUUUGGCAUCAUCUCACUUCGACUCAAGGAGAUGUACCAGAUGAUCACCAUGGGUGGUAACGCCGAGUUGGAACUAGUGGACUCUUUGGAUCCCUUCUCUGAGGGCAUCUUAUUCUCCGUCAUGCCGCCGAAAAAGAGCUGGAAGAACAUCGGCAAUCUGUCCGGUGGUGAGAAGACACUGUCCAGUUUAGCACUGGUCUUCGCCUUGCACCAUUACAAGCCCACUCCAUUGUAUGUGAUGGAUGAGAUCGAUGCUGCGUUGGAUUUCCGAAACGUCUCUAUCGUGGCCGCGUACAUCAAGGAGAGAACUAAGAACGCACAGUUCGUUGUUAUCUCCCUACGGAACAACAUGUUCGAACUCGCGUCACGACUAGUGGGCGUCUACAAGGUCAACCACAUGACCAAGAGUGUGACAAUCCAGAACAAGGACUACAUAACAGGGCGAUAG